GUCCGUCCGUCCGUCUGUAAGCGAGAUGAACCAUAAUAGUAGAGAAUAUAAUUCUAUUGCCGCUAUAGUAAAUAAUAAAAGUUUCAAAAUAGCCACCAUGAAAAUUAAAAUAAAAUAAAAGUGCAUUAUUGCACGGUAGUACAGAACCCUGCGUGUGCGAGUCUGGUUCGCACUUGACCGAUUUUUAUAUAUACCUACCUAGAUCGGCAAAGCGUAGUACCUGAGUAAACGAGUAGUACGGCGCGGCUGUGCGAUCUCCGUUAUACAGUAGGUACAUUAUAUAACAAUCAGGUGGUCAAUAUUGGCAUUGUUUGAAACACGAGCAAAAGAAACUAAGCGCAGGUGUUAACAAUGCGCCACUGAGAGAACUGAACGUUUCACUCAUUUCGCCGCAAUAGAGACUAGUGCAAAAUGACACGAACUUUCACUUAUGCGAUACUUUUGAAUGGCAUUAUGCAAAUCGUUGUAGCGUCCAUUGCGGGUGUGACAUACAUGGACCAUUUUGAUUUUGAGCAGCGAUACAGAGAUGUAAACGAAUGCAAUCCGUUCUACUGGCAUCCCCUACACUUACCUCAAGAAUGCGUACAAAUGUUUGAGAACUUAAUACGAUCGGGAUUGAAGACGUUGACACCAUACCGAAUCGUAAAAGAAAGGUCAGCUCAACCAGCGAUGCUAAUGCACCCCUAUAAUUAUGUUUAUAGCCCAAUUUACACAGCUGAAUAUAAACCUGAAGUGCAAUACUUGCCGGACGAACCAAAGAGUCCGUCUCAGUAUGAAAUGUUGUAUGAAUUAUUAAAACGAGAUGUCCAAGAUCUUCCGAGUGUACCGUUUCUGGGUGUUUCGCCAUAUCUCGGUGUCAUCGCUAUGUAUAAACAACCGGUGUCGUAUAAAAGUGUUACAAUGAUUAAAAAACUUGCACGAGUCUAUGACAAUUCAGGUUUCCUUACCAAUAUACAAUCAGAUAUUAAUAACACUACACAUGAACACGAUGCGCACCAAAAAAAGAAAUUAAAAACUCGCAAAAGAAUUAAAAAUGGUAAUCUAGUUGUGGAUAGAAUUAUGAAAAGUAAUGACGCAAUAGCGAUGUUAAAAAUUAAAAAGUUGAAAUAAUUUA